GACGGCACAUUCAAUAUGCCAUUGUGGGAGCAUAUACACACGUAUAACCGCACAGCGAGCAGCCUGCGGUGUUGCAUGCCCGCCAGCAAAGCAGAAACCACGCACCUCCAUAGGUACACCGAAAGGGCAGCCCAUCGCGCCCCCUGCGCUCCUCACCCGCCAACGCCCCGGCCCCCAUCCUCCGCAUCUCCUCCACGCCCCCCCUCUCGGAAAUGCCCCCUCCCCGCUCAACCUCCCGGCCCGCGCACAAGCCCAUCCCACUGCCCAAAGCGCCACGGCGAUCACGAAGGCCGUCGCUGCGGCGCACAGCGUUCCGAGCACGCCGCCCGCCACGCCGCCGCCCGCUGCAAGCGCACGUCGCAGCGUGCGGGCCCGCGGGCUCGCUGCGGGCACGGUCCCGCGCUGCUUGCAGCCCCGUCCGCCUGUCGCACGCGCCGCCGCAGGGUUUCUGCGUGCUGAGCGCUGAUCCCCCGCCGAGGUCCGACGGGGCUCGAGGGUGCGCUCCCAGCCGGGCCCGGGGGGCGCCGGGCUGAGCUGCGUGGCGCUCCCGAGCGCGGACCCCGCCGUGAGCCGAGCCCGGGGGUGUUCGCUGUUCGUUUGCGUUGAAACGUAGAGGCCUAGCGGCCAGGGUGGACUUGAACUUGUGUAUGGAUGUGCCACGCACCAUGAGCCCACUAAGGUCUAUAGUACGACGCGCCAACUAGCUCAGGCUUCCAUAGCGAGCUCCUAGCCUCUGCACAAGCUCGUCCCAAGGACCAC